GCAGCGCAGAACGUCAUACCCUGGCAGCUUUAAAUUGAAAGGCAUCUUUCUCGCUCGCCAGUAGCCGCUCGCCACUAGCACUGUGAGGAUGGCAGAAGGAACAUCACUUUUGCAUGCAGCCUGGAUGCUGUCCGUGUUGGGCACGGUGGGGGUUGUGUGGGCCAGUGUCCCACUGGUCACCCCCACCGUAGGUCAUACCUGGCCCCGCCCCCAGAUGAGCGAAACCCAGGACACCUACAUGGUCAUCAGGCCUGACACUUUCAAGUUCAGCACUGUAGGUCAUGACUGUGACAUCCUGCAAAAUGCUCUCAAGAGGUACUCCAAGAUCAUGUUUACCUCCUCCCACCUCUCCAAGCAAGAAGAACCAACCAUGGCGUAAGGAUAAUGACUUCAAAGGGUACCUGGACUCUGUGAAGGUCAACCUCCUGACACCCUGUGAGGACUAUCCCUAUCAAGACAUGGAUGAGCACUACGAAAUCAAGAUUGACAGUCCUGAUGCACCAAGGGAAGGCACUAUCAUCUCUCAGAGUAUCUGGGGUAUCCUGAGGGGGCUGGAAACCUUUUCCCAGCUCUUGGUACCUGAUGCUUCAGCUUUCAAUGUCAACUCCACACAGAUCAUGGACUUUCCCAGAUUUGCCUUCAGGUGGGUGCUGAGGAACUCUUGCUCUUUUAAAAUUUAUGAUGACCAGAGUUUCCCUUAUGUUAGUGAUGCCUUCCCAGAUCUUAGCAACAUGGGUUCCUACAGUCCAAGCCAUGUGUACAGAGCAAAAGACGUGAGUGCGGUGGUCGAGUACGCCAGGUUGAGAGGCAUCCGUGUUCUGCCUGAAUUUGAUACUCCAGGUCACACAGAGUCCUGGGGUCCUGGUCAGCCUGGUCUUCUCACUCCAUGCUAUAAGGGAUCAUCACCAGAUGGUACUUUUGGUCCAAUUGACCCAAGCAAAGACAACAAUUAUGACUUCCUCCAGACUCUCUUCACCGAGGUUACCGGGCGCUUUCCUGACCAUUACAUCCACCUGGGUGGUGAUGAAGUCAACUUCUCCUGUUGGAAAAGCAACCCGAACAUUACAGACUUUAUGGCGAAGAUCAAUAUCACUGGUGACUACAGCAAGUUAGAGCAGGUCUACAUCACCAAACUCGUGGACAUAGUUUCCAACCUUCCUACCAAGAAUGGGUACUUAGUGUGGCAGGAGGUGUUUGACAAUGGAGUGGAAAUUGCCAAUGACACAAUUGUACAUGUGUGGAAAUAUGAAAAUGUUCCAGUGGCUUGGAAGCAUGAACUGAAUCAGGUGACAUCUGCAGGAUACAAGACAGUGUUGUCCUCAUGUUGGUAUCUCAAUUACAUCAGCUAUGGGGUAGACUGGCACAAGUAUUAUGAGUGUGACCCCCAAGAUUUUCAUGGUACAGACAGCCAAAAGCAGCUGGUAAUGGGUGGAGAGACAUGCAUGUGGGGAGAGUACGUGGAUCGCACUAAUCUAAUAUCUCGCACAUGGCCUCGGGCAUCUGUUGUUGCUGAGAAGCUGUGGAGUUCUUCUGAACAUACCAACAGUACCAGUGAGGCUACACCUAGGCUUGAAGAGCACCGCUGUAGACUUCUUGCUAGGGGUUAUGAUGUUGAGCCUCUCUGGCCUUCUUUCUGUAGUGCUGAUGUAUAUUAAAUUUGAAAGAUCAAUCAUCUUAAACCCAUUUGUGAUGUUAGAUCUUUCUGUCCUGAAAGUAUGGGCAGUAUCCUGGAGCUACUACAUAGAACUCUGGCUGUGCAGUAAUUUGUCUAAGUCAGAUUACACACUCCAAAUAUAUGAACACUUGCUGCAACAUCCAUAUUAAUAACAGUGUCUUCUCACAAAAGGCAUUACACUGUAUUGGUAAUUGGUUCUGUUACUAAUACUGUAGUCCAAACCUAUUAGUGUACUGCAUAUGAAGAAUACUUCCUAGCCUAAUAUUUGAUGCAAAAUACUGAAGAACUUGUUAUUUUGGCACAUGAAAAAAAUUUAUAAAAUUU